AAUAAUGUUAAACUGAUAGUAACUCAAGUAAGUAAUUUUAGAAACCCUUGAAAGAGAGACAUUCAAAGUUUUAGGUAACAUCUAAAAUCUCUUGGAACCAUUGAUUUUAGAAUUCCUACAAGCUCACAAACCGAGCCACAUGUUAUUUGGUGUAACCAGGAUCAGCAGGGGAUGCUAAGAAAAAGCAAGAAACCGUUUCAAAGUCAUUUCCUGUGGAUAACUUUGUUGUGAUUUGUAUAUUGUUCUAAACUUACCCAUAAAAGGAAACAAUAUGAACAAAAUCGUCAUAAACUUUGAGCUUUUUAGUAUGGUUUUUGAGUUGUUGCUUUGUUGGAUUUCAUAAAGUAAAAACAUGUUAAACGUUUUGUUGUGAUACAUAUGUAAGGAUUUUUAUGUCACUGUUUCUUCGUGGAGUAGGUUUCGAAUCGAGAAUACUUGGUUCCGACAAAAGUUUUGAUUGCCAUGUGUUUCAACAACUGGAUUUUCCAAUGUGGAUUUUAGAGAAAGAGUUCCGGAAUAAUGUCGAAGGAGUUUUAUUCAAUUCGUUUCUUGUUUAAUUUGCCAUUAAAGGAUAAUUACUGGAACUUAUUAGAUUCUUUAAAUAUAAUUUUCUUCAUGUUCUAUAUUUCGUGGUUAAUAUAUAAUACUGUAAAAUUUUGAAAUUUUUUCCUUUUUGUAUUUAUAAAUUUCCAUGUUUUCACAUGAAACACAUUAAAUUUUUUUUUUUUUACCAUAGAUGUAUUAUUCUAUUUUGUACUUUUUAUUAUUACUAAUUCUAAUAAUUUAAUAAACUAAAUUAUCCACACAAAGCAGACCCGACCCACUUUACAUCAUCAUUCUCAAGCUCACCAUUAUUUUAGUUUUUUAUCUAUAAACGAAUGUAAGAAAAUUAUUGUGAACUAAUUAAUUAAGCAAAGUGUUAAUUAAGUCUUCCUUCUUCCUUCCCUCUCUCAUUCACCAAAAACAUUAUAAAAAUAUCCAUCUAAUUUUUCAAAAAAAAAAAUAAUAAAAAAACUUUCAAAUAUAUUUCGCUCCUCCACAACAACGACAAAGCCCUGUUCGUUAGGGUUUCGUUCCUAACCAUGGCCGAGAACGUCUCAGAGGAUGUGAUCCUUUUACACGGCGACCUCGAUUUGAAAAUUGUUCAAGCGAGGAGGCUACCUAACAGGGAUACCUUCUCCGAACGUAUGCGCCGUUGCUUCAAGCCUUGUAACUCCUGUAUUAAACCUACUACAGACGACUAUGACGGCGAAGCGAGUUCCGAUGACGACGACGAGAACAUCCGUGGCCUCCCGAGGAAUACCAGCGAUCCUUACGUCACCGUGUCCGUCCCGCAAGCUACUCUUGCUCGGACGCACGUUUUGAAAAACGCUUCGGAUCCUGUUUGGAACCGGCAUUUUAAAGUUUCCGUGGCGCAUCCCCUGUCUUAUCUCAAGUUGAAAGUCAAGGACUACGAUGUCUCCGGUGCACAAACAAUUGGCACUGUCCGUAUCCCGGUUCAGCAAAUCGCUUCUGGCGAACGCAUUUCGGGAUGGUUUCCUGUCCUUGGCCGCUCAGGAAAGCCGCCAAAGAAGGAAACCGCUCUCCAUAUUGAUUUGAAAUUUACUCCGUUCGAUAAAAUCCAACCCAAGACGACGCUUGGUGUUAUGGGGACUUACUUCCCUUUGAGGAAAGGAAGUCAGGUGAAGCUUUACCAAGACGCUCACGUGAUGGACGGAAUGUUACCGGAGAUUCGGUUGGAGAACGGGGAAGUUUAUCAACACGGGAAAUGCUGGGAAGAUAUAUGUCAUGCUAUUUGUGAGGCUCACCAUAUGAUUUACAUUGUUGGCUGGUCUGUCUUCCACAAGGUUCAGCUGGUUAGGGAACCUACAAGGGUUCUGCCUAGAGGUGGUGAUUUGACGCUUGGAGAGCUGCUGAAAUACAAAUCGGAAGAAGGUGUUCGAGUUUUGCUACUUGUAUGGGACGAUAAGAGUUCUCGUGAUAAGUUUGGGAUAAGCACGCCAGGAGUUAUGGGGACACAUGAUGAAGAGACUAGAAAGUUUUUCAAUCAUUCUUCUGUUAAAUGUAUAUUGUCACCUCGUUAUGCCAGCAAUAAGCUUGGGUUGUUCAAACAACAGGCAAGUACUUCUCUUCAUUGUUUAUAUGUGGUUGGCACUCUCUUCACGCACCAUCAGAAGUGUGUUCUUGUAGACACUCAAGCUGUUGGUAGUAAUCGCAAAGUAACAGCUUUUAUUGGAGGGAUCGAUCUUUGUGACGGCCGCUAUGACACACCUGAGCACCGGAUAUUUCACGAUCUUGACACUGUAUUUAAGGAUGAUUUUCACAAUCCUACAUUUCCAAGUGGUGCCAUAGCUCCAAGACAACCUUGGCACGAUAUGCAUUGUAGGCUAGAUGGGCCUGCGGCAUAUGAUGUUCUCAUAAACUUUGAGCAACGGUGGAGAAAAGCGACACGAUGGAAAGAGUUUAACUUAAAUGGGAAAACUCUCUGGCAAGAUGAUUCUUUGUUACGGAUAGGACGUAUAUCAUGGAUACUAAAUCCAAAGUUCAAAUAUCGGAUAGAUGGUGUUUCACAUGUUCCAGAGGACGAUCCGAUUGUUUAUGUUUCUAAUGAAGAUAAUCCUGAGAACUGGCAUGUUCAGGUGUUCCGUUCUAUCGACUCAGGAUCCGUGAAAGGAUUUCUAAAAUUUGAAAAUGAUGCCGAGGCCCUGCAUCUAGAAUAUGACAAGCGUCUUGUAGUUGAUAAAAGUAUCCAGACUGCGUACAUCCAGAUAAUCAGAUCUGCUCAGCAUUUCAUAUAUAUCGAGAAUCAGUAUUUUCUUGGUUCUUCUUAUGCUUGGCUUGAUUAUAACGAUGCAGGAGCUGACAAUCUUAUUCCUAUGGAGUUGGCACUAAAGAUUACUAGUAAAAUUAGAGCUAAAGAAAGAUUUGCUGUCUAUGUCGUCAUACCAAUGUGGCCUGAAGGCGACCCAAAGUCGGGACCUAUGCAAGAAAUUUUAUAUUGGCAGAGCCAAACUAUGCAGAUGAUGUAUGAUGUUAUAGCACGAGAACUUAAGUCGGUGCAGUCAAAUGCGCAUCCUCUAGAUUACCUUAACUUUUACUGCCUUGGUAAACGAGAACAAUUUCCAGAUCAUGAUAUGCCAGCAACCAAUGUUACGGAUUCUUAUAAGUUCAAGCGUUUCAUGAUCUAUGUGCAUGCAAAGGGGAUGGUAGUAGAUGAUGAAUAUGUACUUAUGGGAUCUGCGAAUAUCAACCAAAGAUCUAUGGCUGGCACGAAAGAUACCGAGAUAGCCAUGGGUGCAUAUCAACCCCAUCAUACAUGGGCUAACAAGGGAAAACACCCACGUGGGCAGGUGUAUGGGUAUAGGAUGUCACUAUGGGCAGAGCAUUUAGGCAAAACUGGAGAUGAGUUUGUGGAGCCCGGUGAUCUAGAAUGUGUCAAGAACGUUAACGAAAUCGCUGAAAGGAACUGGAGAAAGUUCAUAGAUUCGGAGUUCUCAGAGCUGCAAGGUCACUUGAUUAAGUAUCCUCUGCACGUAGACAUUGAUGGUAAUGUGAUCUCUCUUCCAGGUUACGACAGUUUCCCAGAUGUUGGUGGUAAGAUCAUUGGAGAUCAUUCUAAGGCUAUCCCUGAUACUCUAACCACGUAAUGUUUAUUAUCUUCUCUAUUAAAAGAGAAGUACCAUUUUUAUCUACUAUUUAGAAGUCUACUAGGACCAUUUCAUUAAUCACAUAAUAUGAUAUAAUAAUUAAUAGGAAUAUUAAUAAUAAAUUAAUUUUAACUA